ACACGGACCGGCUGGGAGGUGGGAUGGAGCGGCUCCCUGCAUUAUUUUAUCGCGAGAAGUCAGCCGCUGAAUAAAAUCUGCAAACGAGACUGUCAGUCCGACCACUCUCCUUUUUCUCUUUCCAACCGCCGUGGUGUGAGCUAACCAGAGUCAGACUGAAGAUGGCUGCAGGCAAGGCACAGAUUGGAAAGCUGGCCCCAGACUUCACAGCCAAAGCGGUGAUGCCAGAUGGACAGUUCAAGGACCUGAAGCUGUCAGACUACAGAGGGAAGUAUGUUGUCUUUUUCUUCUAUCCACUGGACUUCACCUUUGUGUGUCCAACUGAGAUCAUCGCUUUCAGUGAUGCUGCCAGUGAAUUCAAGAAGAUCGGCUGUGAAGUCAUCGCUGCCUCAGUCGACUCCCAUUUCUCCCAUUUUGCAUGGACCAACACACCACGCAAGCAGGGCGGUCUGGGUGCCAUGAAGAUUCCCCUGGUAGCUGACACACGGCGCUCCAUCUCGACAGACUAUGGGGUGCUAAAAGAGGACGAGGGCAUCGCCUACAGAGGGCUGUUCAUCAUCGAUGACAAAGGCAUCCUGAGGCAGAUCACUAUCAAUGACCUCCCAGUUGGACGGUCCGUCGACGAGACUCUGCGUUUGGUCCAAGCCUUUCAGUUCACUGACAAGCAUGGAGAAGUCUGUCCUGCCGGCUGGAAACCAGGAAGUGACACCAUCAAGCCAGAUGUCCAGAAGAGUAAGGACUUCUUCUCCAAGCAGUAAUCAAGCCUUGGCCAGUGUCUGCAGCCUGCUGUAGGAGAUUGGUGUUAGAGAUUACAUUCCCAGAGAACAAUAUUUAAUUUAAGUCAGCCGUUGUGCCUGUGGAAGAGUGCACUGAGAGACAGUUUUAGCCAAUAUCCCCUGUGCUGUGUAUCAUGUGUAGAGUGGAUAUUACGACCAAAGUGUAUUUAGCUUUUGUAUGCGUCUGUCUGAGCUGAAUAUGUAGUUGUUCUUGUAUGUCCUUUGAUAAUGUAGGCCUAAGUUGGACAGAAGACCACAACAAUGGCUUAAUGUCUUUAAAAAAAUAUAGAGAGAAUGAAGUGGCAAACAUCUCUUUCAUUAAAUUGUGCUUUUUUUUUUAUAUACAGUUAACAGCUCAAAUGUUCUUUCAUCAAAAUAAAGAAUAUCUUAACACACA